AUGGUCGAGGAGGAAACUAGAAAACUCUCUGAAGACUCGGGAACUGAUAUAACUGCUACACCGAGAUUUACAGCGGCUCUUGUUGAAUUGGUUUAUCGCCAGUUAACUGAUGUUGGGGAAGAUUUGGAGCUGUUUGCCAAGCACGCAAGGAGAAAGACAAUUAUACCCGAGGAUCUUCUCAUGGUGAGUCGUAAGAAUAAUGCGUUACGUGACAUACUGAAAGAGUAUCUGGAAUCUAUGGAGGCAGACGGAAAUCACGCUACAGUCACUGCACAAGCAAGACAGCCUGUCUCUGAUAGCGAUGACCCCUUUAGCGACCUUAGUCAAUCCUAA